AUCCAGCGCACGCUAGUGAAUGUCGAGCUGUGUGCGCGUCUACGUCGGAGUACGCUCACGAACGCAAUCGAAAUAAUACGAAUACAAUAUCUGCCUGUAUAGUUUUGUAUUUUCUAGUUCAACUGCAAGUUGGUUGUGUGCGAGUACAAGUAGUGUGGUUGCCUACGCGACGCACGUAAUAAACAAACAGUGUAUGUGUAUGCUCUGUGGCUACCAGCAAGGUUUUCUCUCCUUUGACUACUUUUGUGCGGUUAGUGGUAAGGUGACACAUCGCGAUGGACGUUGGCGAGCCGAGGACGACGAUCGUUAGCAUAAUGCAAAUCACAUGUCGCGCGAAUCGAUACCAAUAUCAAAAUCAACUUUAACUUUACGUUCAAAUAAUAAUUGUGUAUAAAUUGUUUUGAUUUAACAAUAAAACCAUAAAAUGGGUAAUAAGUUUUGUAAAAAACGUGUGGAUCAGACAGACAGCGCUUCGGGAUCGAAAACGCCGAAAACUUUUCAUAAAAUUAUAAACAAACUCAACUUGCGGCCGAAAUGGAAAUCCGAUUCGAAUUUGGACGACAAACAAAUCAACAGUGAUCCAAUAUCAACAAUAGAAGUGGAAAGUUACUCAAAACCAUUGAGCAGAUCAACAGAUUGGACCGACUGCGCCCUGGAAGCACCCUCAUCACCGGAACCCCGCAAAGAAAGCGCAGAAAGCAAAAAAUCUAUAUUUAACGAUGACACUACCCCCACUCCACCUCCAAGACAAAUGAAACUCGUCCGGAGAUCACUGCUGGAUACAGUCAAAGAUGCCUUCAAGACAUCCACACCCAACUAUCACAACAACAACGAAGAGGAAAUCGAGGAGCAGAUAAUGGUUAAGAAAACAAUCAACUACAACUGCCCUUGUGGGGGUGACCACACCAGAGCCCAACAUGAAAAACACACAAGCGUCAAAGAACGUGCAUUCACCCCGAAUGCAAAUCAAAAACGCUCAAAGUCCAUCCUGGUCACAUCCUCAAACAACUCACUACCGAAUUACAGUGACUUCCGGUUGAGUCUACCAAUACGUCCCUCGGAUACUGACAGUCAUCAUUCUGCUUUGAGUCUACCGGAUGAAUCAGCAAAGAAGAAUGGACCACGCAGGUCCAUCACAACUGACCUUGACGCGUAUCUUUCAAGGGCAAAGAGUAUAGGAUCAUUAAUCCCAUCAGUCCUUCAGAAAUUAUCCACGAAUAAAGCUCCUUUAGCGGAAAUAGAAAGUGAUGACUCGCUGAAUUCAAUCAACAGUACAGAGAAUAUGGAUAACUGGAAUGGUCUCAACAUGUUGGAGCAUUAUGAACCCAGAGAGUCAAGUUUACCAAGACCCAGUAGAAAAACAGAAACUGAGAUGGUUGCAGAUUUAGAAAAUAUGAUGGUAACUGAAGAGGAAGCUGUCAGGGUUGAAGAGGAAGCAAAAAUACAGAAACCUACACCUCCGAAACCACCAGCAAGGAAAUCAGAGACAAUGUUGAAGAAAAUGCAUAAAGAUAUCAAGUCUUCCAACCGUACACCUCCUUCAACUCCAGAGGAACAAAAUAAAAGAAUGUCGCAGACAAUCGAACAAAGUUUGAGGGAUAAUGACAGUGAUCACAGUCCACUGAUGAAGAUUUUGAAUAAUUUUGGUGCUGAUCAACUGGAGGCUAAGAUGAAUCGCAGUAAUUUAAGUCCUGUACAUACUUAUAUUGGGUCAGGGGGUGGUGGUGGUGAAAAGAAGCAAAAGAUCAAUGAGUUUUUAGCUGCUGAGAGGGAGAAUGAUGAUUUGUACAAAGAACGGAUUGCAGCAUAAGAGAAUGUGUGGUUAAGUGUAUGUUGGGUUGCAGCGUAGCAGGCGUAAUGUAAAGUAAAUUAUUUUUAUGUUUUACUAAAAAUUUGGAUUAUUUUAUGUGUGUAAUGAGAUUAAUCUGUUGAUUGUUGUAAAGUUGUACAAAAAUAUAAUUUAUAAAUAUAUUAUUGUUUAAUA